GAGGAGCGCGCGAGCAUCUCCCGCACCCGGGUGAGAGUGUUUUUAGAGGGCCGCGGCGUGUCGCAGAUGAAGCAUGGCAGGAGACAGCGAGACAAAGCAAGGUGACCAAGCCGCAAACGAGAGCGUCGAUCGGCAGCCGUUCCUCAUCGGCGUGGCCGGAGGGACAGCCAGCGGGAAGUCGUCGGUGUGCAGCAAGAUCAUGGAGCUGCUCGGCCAGAACGAGAUCGACCACCACCAGCGGCAGGUGGCCAUCCUCAGCCAAGACAGCUUCUACCGGGUCCUCACCCCGGAGCAGAAGGCCAUGGCCCUCAAGGGCCAGUUCAACUUUGACCACCCAGAUGCCUUUGACUGCGACCUUAUGAUCGCGACUUUGUGGGACCUCAAGGAGGGAAAAACCGUACACAUCCCGGUUUAUGACUUUGUUUCUCAUUCCAGGAAGGAAGAGACGGUGACCGUGUACCCUGCUGACGUGGUGCUGUUCGAGGGCAUCCUGAUGUUCUAUUCUCAGGAGAUCCGAGACCUCUUCCAAAUGAAGCUGUUCGUGGACACCGACGCGGAUACGCGUCUGUCUCGAAGAGUGCUGCGUGAUAUAAGUGAUCGUGGACGGGACCUGGAAGGCGUUUUAGCACAGUACAUUACUUUUGUGAAGCCUGCGUUUGAGGAGUUCUGUCUGCCAACAAAGAAAUAUGCUGACGUGAUCAUACCGAGAGGAGUUGACAAUCUCGUUGCCAUUAAUCUUAUAGUUCAGCACAUCCAGGAUAUUCUGAACGGCGGUUUGACGAAGCGGCUGAACGGAUGGGUGAAUGUCUACGCGACGACGAAGAAGCAGCCGAACAUGGAGCCCAGCAGCCGGCCCCACUGAGCGCAGCGCUGUGGUUCACAAGGCAGGACUGAUUUCCAGGGACACUCGAGGCCUCUUCUUGCUGUGAUUCUGUUUGGACACAAGAAAUGAAAUGAUCCCUUCAUGGCGUUUAAAGCCGUCUUCAGUUAGGUUUUUCUCUUCGGUUUGUGUACUGCAUGGGAGGAGGGGUGUGGAGGGAUGCAAAGGGGCGAACUUGCAAUUCAGUUCAAUAUUGCUGCUGGGCUUCCCCGCAGCACUGACGCUGUUACGGUGUCUAAAUAGGACUUCAGAACACUGGAUGGCCUUUAAGCAUGCAAUGAAUGCAUUCAGGCGACGUGCUGUUUAAAGGCAGGGCCUCACCGUGGGUGGAAGGUGCACCGUGUGACCUCUUUAGCAAUGCAACCGGUCAUGUCUGUUUUUUCUUUUCUUUACGAGAUCUGUGUAUUUCGGACGUUUGUCAAAUUAUUUGUCAAUUUAAACAACCGAUUCCCACCUCAAACCAUCUGAUGUAUGAAAUCACCAAAGAGCCGUUUUCUCGACCGUCUUUGCGGACAGAUUUAUUUUCCUUUCAAUGUGAUACUGACGUUACCGUAACUCAUUUUAUAAGAUGUUGUUAUGAAAUAACCACAUGGUAUUAUUUUUCUUUUUGAUUUUCUUGAACUGGAAUAUUUUGUCAUGAUAAAGUUCUCAGGUACUCUGUUUGCUUUGUCUGAGUUUGGGGGUCGUGCAUUUUUGGUGUUCCGCCUCACUGCUGACCACGCAGCCGGUUAGCUGCAAGGAAGCGGUUUUGAUUCAUGUAUUAUGUUAAUAAUGGGUUAGUGUUUGAUAUAACAAUGCAUUUGCAGUAUUGUAAAAGUUCAGUACAAGUAAAAACGGCCUAUGCAAUAUUAUAUAUUUAAUCAUAUUUUCAUUUCACUAUGUGUUGGCCAACAUGAAUGCAUAUAAAUAUCAUGGUUUCUU